AUGGAUCUUAUGGAGUUCGGAGACAUGGGCAGCGGCUGUGAAGAUGAGAACUUUGGCCUCGCAUCGGGCUUCCCGGACGACUGCUCGAACCAAGAGUGCCAGUUGGAGGAACCGAUGUUUGGACUGAUUGAGUUAGUGUGUGUGACUAUCAUUUACAUUCCACUGAUGCUCUUCGGCCUUCUGGGAAAUAUACUAACAAUUCUGGUGGUUUGGCUCCGACCUCACAUGAGAAGCUCUACCUACCUCUACCUGAGCAGCAUGGCUGUUAGUGAUCUGUUGAUACUCCUGCUGCUACCUUUGGAUCUGUAUAAGCUCUGGAGGCCCAGGCCCUGGCCCUUAGGAGACCUUGCCUGUAAGAUGACGAUGUUCCUCUCAGAGUGCUGCACCUUCUGCACCAUCCUCCAUAUCACCUUCCUCUCCCUGGAGAGGUACCUGGCGGUCUGCUGGCCAAUUACAGCCAAGACACUCGUGACACGGCGCAGAACCAGGGCUCUCAUUGGCUGCCUCUGGCUGGGUGCAGCCGUCAGUGCAGCACCGGUGUUGGUCAUGGUUGGAGUGGAGGAAGUUGGGGGAGAGGAGCUAGGGCUCAGCGGAUGGAGGGAGGAUGGAGGGUGGACGGGCAGGGAAGGAGAACAGGGAGGAUUUAUGAUAGGUGGAGGGGAAAGAGGAAGUGGACACAUGGCCCUGAUGGAUAGAGGAUUAGAGGGAAUAAAGUGGGACGAAAAAGAGAAAAAGGGAUGGGGUGAGAGAGUUGGGGAGUUAAAAUUGUUUGGAGAGAAAGAAGAGAGAAAACUGGAAAUAGGAGAAAGAGAUGAGAGGAAACAAGGAGAUGGAGGAAAAAUGAAAGUUGAAAAACAAGCAGAUGAGGGAGGAGGUGAAGAAGAAGGUGUUGAUGGAGGUGAGAUUGACAAGAGAGAGUGCCGCUGCACGCACUACGCCGUCUCCUCUGGCCUGUUGUCGGCCAUGAUGAUUCUCUCCAACUUGUACUUCCUGGUACCCCUCUGCAUCCUGGGACUGGUCUACAGCCUGAUUGGACGGACACUGUGGCUCCGUCCACAAAGCAGCCGUAGAGACCAGAGUCACCGGCACACUGUCAAAAUGCUGGGAGUGAUUGUCCUGGCGUUUGUCCUGUGCUGGCUACCCUUCCAUGUGGGUCGGACCAUUUUCUCUCUUUCUCUGGGCACCGGUUCGGACAGACAGGAAACAUACACGGACACAAACUCACACUUAGACAUUAACUCUCUCUCUGAUUAUUUCAAUCUGGUGUCCUCUGUCCUCUUCUACCUCAGUGCUGCUGUCAAUCCUUUACUGUACAACCUAAUGUCUGCCAGAUACAGACACGCUGUACACAGCCUCAUACACACACACCCUCACACACAGUCUCACCGCCUGCGCACAGUCACGGCACGGCACUCCACGACCACUUUGUAAGGGAAAAUACUGUACGCGCAUAA